AUGGGACGAUGUGGUAAUACAAUGGGACGAUGUGGUGAUACAAUGAGACGAUGUGGUGAUACAAAGGGGCGACGUGAUAAUACAAUGGGACGAUGUGGUAAUACAAUGGGACGACAUGGCAAUACAAUGAGACGACGUGGUAAUACAAUGAGACGAUGUGGUGAUAUAAUGGGACGAUGUGGUAAUACAAUGGGACAACAUGGUAGUACAAUGGGACGAUGUGGUAAUACAAUGAGACGAUGUGGUGAUAUAAUGGGACGACGUGGUAAUAUAAUGGGACGAUAUGGUAGUACAAUGGGACGAUGUGGUGAUCGAAUGGGACGAUGUGGUAAUACAAUGAGACGAUGUGGUGAUAUAAUAGGACGAUGUGGUAAUACAAUGAGACGAUGUGGUGAUAUAAUGGGACGAUGUGGUAAUAUAAUGAGACGAUGUGGUGAUAUAAUGGGACGAUGUGGUAAUAUAAUGAGACGAUGUGGUAAUACAAUGGGACGAUGUGGUAGUACAAUGGGACGUUGUGAUAAUACGUUUUAG